CUGCUUCGUCUUCGGCGAGAAGACGCAGUCGAAGUGGUCACAAGGAGUCAUCGAGUGCUAGUAACGCGCCCGGCGAUCAUUCUCUUGGCGCAGUGCGACGGAGCAGCGGCAGUCGACGUAAGAGCAGACCGGAUGGCAAAGACCGAGACCGCGACGCAUCUCUUAGACGAGCGAGCCCGGUCUCUCAGAUACCACAAGAAGUCGGUGCGCACGCAAAACAGCCGUCUCCAGCAGAGAGCGGGUCUACUUUGAAGUCAGCUAGAGCUCAGCAUGAGGACGCGCCACUGCAUUUGUCAGGAGGAGUGGAAGAGCAUAUUCUCGACGAAGCGGCCGGCGGCAUGGGCGUUACAAGCGACGGACGCCACAUUUUUGUGGACCGAGAGUUGACAGUUCCUGUUAGCGUAAAACAGAUAGGUCUGGGAUUCAACGUGAACGAGUCUCAUAUCCGCGAAGUGAUUUCUGGUUCGUGGGCGGCGGAAGCUGGAUUGCAACCUGGAGACGAGAUUCUCAGCUUGAACGGUGUCCAUUACCUCGGUUUGGCGCCAUUGACACGAACGCUUACACUUUCAGCGCGACCCUGCACCUUGCAGAUUCGUUCUUUCUUCCAACCUUCAAGUGCGUCGGCCUCAGAAGGCGCUGCUCCUCCUGCUCAACGUGCGUAUCCCAGCGAGGAGGCUGUAAACAUGAUGGGAAACUGCGACGGAACGCACGUUAUGGAAGAGACUGCGAGCGAUCCAGUCCUCACACCCCCAAAAGAUCGACCUGAGCAGAACCUUCCAGAGCUGAAAAAUCGAGUGCGCGAAGGUCCCCCCACGCCUCUUACAGACUACGAGUAAUGGAAUGCAAUACUCGCUGUACUAUCAGACGACUUCUUUUUCUUCACACUCAGUUAUCUUGAAAUUCAAUUAUCUGCAGGUUUACCGUCCACAUCCGAGAUUCGUGAAAUUUAAGACCGUGACCUAGUAGUCGUGCUCGUAGAUUUUUUGUUUUUGUUACAAUCAUGUACAAAAAGAUGUUGAACAAUAAUCGCGCAGGGGUUAGAGGGUCGUCGCCAUCGUGAUCAUGUACUAGAAAUUGAAUUGGCUCUUGUUUCUCAGCAUGCAAAGGGAACGACGAUGAGGAAUAGCCUCUAUCAUAAAUUUGGGACACCUAUAGUAUACAUAGCGUCGCUGCAAUUGCACAUUGCAUAGCAAGGACACAUCAUAAUAGUCGUAAUCUGCUAAGUAACCUUCAUCAUCUACAACAACAAAAAGAGCACCUUCACAAAAAUGAUCACGAUGCACUUGUUUCUGACUGUAUGAAAAAAGGAC